UAGCGCUACCUGGAGCUGUCACAAAAGUCGCACGUCGCGAGUGAGGCUUUCUUAUCUCAUCUGCAUGCAUCUACGAUUUGCCGCCAAAUUUUUGCGCUUUGUUGUCUAAUCGUGAACGAGAAGAACGAAAAAUUUAAUUUUGCGGAGACUUGUCAGCUUAUCUCCAUUACGUUUAUAUUGGAAGAUAACACGUUUUCAAAAUGACAUCAGUUGAAGUAAGAGAUUGGACACCUGAAUACUAUACCUCAAAUCAGUCAAACUGUCAGGAAAUUUUAGAAAAUCCAGAUAUGCUAACAAAAAUACCUUUAUUAAAUAAUGUUCAAUUGCAUAACAUCAAAGAUAAAGAGUUGGUGAGAUUCCGAGGGAUGAUUCAGGAUAUAUACAAUCCUGAGUAUUAUUUUAAGCAAUACGAAGUGAAGAACACAGACACUGGAGAGAGUACUAUUAGAUGUGGAAUGUAUAUGGAUGCAGCUCGAUGUCUGCCACACGAAGAAAUUUUGUUAUAUUCCAAAAAAAAUCAAAACUCUGAACGACAAACUUAUAUCAUAAUUUCUAUACCUGGAUUAAAUGACUGGGCAAAGGAAGAGAGCAUAAACAUGCAGAUACCUCAUACAAUGACACAUAAUGACAGUAUAAAUAAAAGGAAUCUGGAUGAUAACGACUUAGAGGAAACGGAUUGCUCAGAACCUGUUAAGAAAAAAGAGAAAGUCUCUGCAGAUAAUAAUGAUGUAGAUAUGACCGAUGUUGAAGGCAGUGCAAAAGUUCGAAGUAUGGUAUCAGAAGAUCACAUAUUGAACUUUCCGAUUCCAAUCGAUGGUGGAAAAGCUUGUAUAAUAAAGAUUUACAACGAAACUGUCUUAAAAUUGAACCAAGUUAUAGAUGUAAUAGGAUUUAUAUCGUUAGAUCCAUUAUUAAGUACAAUACAAAGUUCUGAUGAUGAGAUGGACGAUGCCGAAAUACAAACUCACAAUCCACCAGCUUCUUUAGUUCCUCGGUUACAUGCAGUAAAAAUAAUCGAGCUUACAAAAUCUAAAAUUGUAAAUGCUCCGGAAAUUGUAUCUAAAGUACAGAUCAUCAGAGGUGAUUUGCAUAUAAUAUUGAGUCAGUUGCUGUUUGGAGAUACUUUAGCUGCAGAUUACUUGAUAUGCCACUUGCUUUCUACAGUAUAUAUGAGGAGAGAUUAUUUUUGUCUCGGUGCAUUUCCGCUAAAUAUAACGAAUUUCCCAGCAAAUAAACAGAAAAUUUUUCCGAAGGAGUUUUAUAACUUUUUAACAUUAUUUGUAAAGAAAAGCCACUUUUUGGAAAUAACUUUGAGCAAUUUGAAUGAACUAGCUUUAAUCCCGAAGAAGGAUUACGAAUGUAAUAGACUAACAAGUGGUAUUCUCCAACUAAGCGAUGAUACGCACCUUGUAUUAGACGAGACAGGCUUAACUUCUGGUACACUUACUGCAACUGGCAGGGAGAAUUAUAAAGCUCUCUCCGAUCUACUUAUGUUUCAAAAACUGAAAUACGAUUUCAAGUUUUAUACAAUAGAUUACGAAACAGACAUUCCAAUUCUAAUCUUUUCUGAUGUAAAAUCCUUUAUUCCUUGUCCUACGCAAAUUGUUUUAAAUGUUGAUGCAGACUCAGAAAAUUUAUAUAGUCAAGUAACUGAAGCUGCACAUCAGUAUUUGAAAGACGAUAAUCGAUUGGUUAAUAUUCGGCAAUACAUAGAAACCUUGAAGCAUACAGAACAUCUUAAUUUUGACGAAGAAAUGGCAAAAAUAAUUCAAGACGAUUUUGUGGAGAUGCUCAAUGCAAACAGAAAUAUAAAUAAGGACAAUCUACACUCACUGAUGGUUUUCGCCAAAAUGAUGGCCUUAUCAUAUGGACAAACGACACUAGAUAUAGACUGCUGGAAGAAAACUGUGCAGAUGGAAAUGGAAAGAAUGAGUAGGCUGCCACAGCGCUGAAGGUAAUCGUCGAACUCAGGAAAGAAUCGUAAUAUUGAAUGUACAUCAUAUAUGAUACUAAUACAAAUAUUUAU